AUGAUCGUCUACAACACACCGAAUCUCAAACAAAGUGAAUCAUGCUUCCUGCAGGAACACAUCCUGGGCAUGACUCAGUUAUCUUUAUUAACUCUCGAUUGUCUUACUUUGACCCCCACAGAGCAGAUCUUCCAGAACAUUCGUCAGGAGUACAACCGUUAUCAAAGGCGACGGCAGUUGGAAGGGGCCUUCAACCAGACUGAGCCCUGCAGCUCCACUGAUAUCCAGAGCUCCAGUCCUGCUCUCACUUCCCCCAGCUCUCCCACAGGUGCCUCAUCAUUGAAGAAGGAUCAGCCACUGUUCACGCUGAGGCAGGUUGGCUAUUUGUGCGAGCGCCUUAUUAAAGAUCACGAGGAGAAGAUGCGUGAAGAGUAUGAACAGAUACUGAACACAAAGCUUGCAGAACAAUACGAGUCCUUUGUGAAAUUCACACAGGAUCAGAUUAUGCGAAGAUAUGGCGCCAGGCCUGCAAGCUAUGUGUCUUGAAGAACAUUAUAGAUGGUACUAUAGCCACCCCUCAGCAGCUGGUUGCUGUAGAACAAGCUCCCUUCGUUUCACUUGAAAUUUCCUCCUACUUUUGAUUCUCUUUUCUUCCCUUUUAAAAAUGCUUGGGUGCCAUGGUCUAUCCACAUUUAACUCAUUUUUUUGCUGGAACUGUUACUGAUGGCCCAACACCAAACAUGCAACUCUAGAUGCAUUCUAAGGAAGUUUAAUGUCUGAAGAAUUUGUUGGGAAAAGAUGUCAAACUACCGCUGUAAAAAGCUUGGCUGAUGCGAUCAUCUCUGUAUAAUGUAAUGUGACUGACCUGCAGCAGAUAUACCAGACUCUUCCUCUAUCCUUCAGUCUGUUUUUUAACUCUCCAACUUUUUUUUUCUUUUUGACAAAUAAAAGAUCUGUGAUAAGUCA